GAGGCUAUAGAAAAGCUCAAGACCGAAUCUCUUGAACCGGGAAACGGGGAUGUCGUAUGGUUGAAGCUCGACCUCAGUGACCCUCGACUUGCAAGACAAUCUGCUGAAGAGUUCAUGAGGAAGGAAAAACGUUUGGACGUGCUGGUGAAUAAUGCCGGCAUGAUGUUAGGACCAUAUGAGGCUGGGCCGGAUGGCAUGUCAAACCUUGUCAUCGUCAAUUAUCUUAGUCCCUUCGUCUUCACGCAAACGCUGCUGCCUCUUCUCAUCUCGACUUCCCGGGAGCCGAACUCCGACGUCGCUUCCAUAUCCCAUAAAUGGGCUCUUUCGGGAUUUAAAUGCGACGCGAUUCAGGACUUGAAUGUAUCAUAUGACAAGAAGUGGUUCUCGAGCUUCUGGCGGUACGCCCACUCUAAAUUGCUGGUCAUUCUUUGGACCAAGUCUCUUCAAAGUCAACUUGACAUCUCGGAGCCGCCGGUACCUAUAACUGUCAUCUCACUUCACCCUGGUAGUGUCGACACCUUUACUCACAAGUGGCCCCUUGCUCCUCUGUGGAAAUUGCUGGUUGUGCCAGUCGUAACCAGUAUAGACCGUGGCUCGUAUACCUCUUUCUUUGCAGCCGCGGGAAAGGACGUCAAAGACAAUCGGGACAAUUACAAAGGUGCCUAUCUUGAGGACAAACCCCCACACAUCGCCAAUCCGAGCAAAGUGGCACGGGAUGACGAUCUUGCUGAACAACUUUGGACUAUCACCGUUGACUUCUUUUCCAAGCUCAAUUAGCUCAACAAGCUAAGUUCUAUGUACUCAUCCCUUUCUGUGAGUUUCAAGAUCAGAAUUUGUAUCUGUACACUUUCGUCUCAACAUUCAUACUUAUGCCUUU